AUGGUGGAAAGAUUCCACAGACAAUUAAAAAACUCUCUACGAGCUCGUUUGGCCUCCUCAGACUGGUUCGAUCACUUGCCUUGGGUUUUGCUGGGUUUGAGAGCUGUCCCUAGAGAAGAUUCUGCAACAUCUGCCUCGGAAGCUGUAUAUGGAUCAGAGUUAAUUUUACCACAUCAGUUUCUGGCAGUUCAAGAUCCUCCUUCUAAACAGUUCUAUGAUGAUCUCAAGAGUUCCAUGUCCGGAUUCCAUCCUGUUCCUGCUCGUCACAAUACUCAGCCAACUUCAGACCUUCAGGAACAUGUACCAGAUCUCCUCUCGUCCUGUCCGAUGGUUUUUGUUAGAAAGGAUGGUCACAUUCCUCCACUAGCUCCUCUCUACGCUGGACCUUACAAGGUAUUAUCUCGUUCCCGGAGAACCUUCCGUCUCCAGGUGGGUAAUAGAGCAGAGACAGUUUCGAUUCAAAGACUUAAACCUGCAGUCACAGCUGAGGAAGAUACUCCAGAGUUACCUCCUCGACGUGGUCGUCCCCCUCGUGCAAUUAAACAAGCUCCUACAGCUCCUCCUCGACCUCGUGGACGACCUCGAAAACCUGUUGAUUCCGCUUCCUCCAUGUAG